GGCCUGGUCUCUGCAGUUCCAUCUUACAGUUUGGUUUCAAACACUUUCUGGGAAAGAAAUACUUUUUUUAUUUGGGGGGGAAAAUAGCGAGAUUUGUGCACUGUUUCUACCCUGGUUCAGGCUUGUGUUCUUGACCCUGGCUCACGGCAGCCAUGGAUAAGAAAGAAUUGGUGAAAGAAAGAGAAAAUGGAGUGCCAUUAACUGACUCUCUAAAGCAACAGGGUAUGAAAGGGCCGUACAGGUAUUCAAAGGAAAAACUACUAGAAAUUAAAGAAUAUCCUUAUGCCAAGAAGAGACCAGCAUGCCUCUCAGAAAAAUAUGACAGUGAAGGGAUCUGGGAUCCUGAAAAAUGGCAUGCAUCCUUGUAUCCCACUUCAGGCAGGAGUUCUCCAUCAGAGGGAACAAAGAAAGAUUAUGCUUCAGAUCUAGAUCGAACAAUUUUAAAACGCCGGAUUGCAGAUCCACGGGAAAGAAUAAAGGAAGAAGAUCUAGACGUGGUUCUGAGUCCACAGCGCCGCAGUUUUGGCGGAGGUUGCCAUGUGAGCAAUAUCUCCAGCUCACGGAGUACUGGAAACCCCUUGGACAAUAAAGAGAAUGAAAAUAUCCGUGGAUUGGGAGGCCAAAGAAGAAUUGGAAGCGGACGGAUCAUUGCAUCACGGGCAUUUGACCGAGACGGGCGAGACAAGGACUUGCGUGACUUGAGGGAGGGAAGAGAUCGAGACUAUAAAGAGAAACGUUUUAGGAGGGAGCAUGGUGAUGGUAAGAGGAUAUUUGGCGACAGGAGGCGAUGUGAUUCCUAUACUGAAGAGGAGCCAGAGUGGUUCUCUGCUGGACCCACUAGUCAGUCUGAAACAAUUGAACUAACUGGUUUUGAUGAUAAAGUGCUAUUGGAUGAUCCAAGGCGACCAAAGAGGUGGAGGAAGAGAUCAGAGUCCCUCAAAGAAGAAGUAGAAUGUAACGGUGGAGUUGAGACUCGUGUAUCUAUAGCUGCUCGAACAGAAGCUGAUCAAGAGGUGCCCCAGGAAGCAGUCCUGCCUGAGCCCACACCGGGAGAUUUUGACUUUAAUGAAUUCUUUAAUAUGGAGAAGAGUGUACCUGGUCUGGCAUCGAUGAUCGAGGAGGUGCUGGGUGAAGGAGCCGUCUCAUCCAGUCGCUUCAGCCAGUGGUUCUCCAGUAAUCUAAGUAAACCAGGUAGUCGCUCAAGUAGCUUGCGAUCCACUCCACACGAGGAACUCGAAAGACUUGCAGGUCUGGAGCAGAGGAUCCCAACACCUGUUUCACAGCUCGGGAACUACUUUGCUCCCAUUCAGUCAAGAGAAGAGAAUAAGGAGGCUAAUAAAAAGGUUGAUAUUCUAGAGAUUCUGCGAAAAGCAAACGUGGAUGUGAAGCCACUGCUCUCCAGUCUCACAGCCAACAAGGAGAAACUAAAGGAGAGUUCUCAGACUGGUGUGGUCUUGUCUGUAGAAGAGGUGGAGGCAGGGCUGAAAGGCCUUAAAGUGGAGCCAGAAAGGAAACUUGCCACUCCAUUCAUGGUUGAGCACCUGGAGCAGGCUUUAACAGUGCAGAAAAGGGACAGCGAUAUGACUGCUUUCAAUAAACUAGUUAACUGUAUGAAGGCAAGUGGAACUCUACCAUCACAACAAAAACCGGAGAUUGCACCACAUCGUGUGAUAGGUCCUCCAUCACCAGAUAUUCUCGGUGAUCUACUUGGCUGCCAGAAUCAAGCACCUACUUUACUGAAUCAGCGAGGAAGGUCUUCCCCGCUAUCAACUUUCCGUCAACCAUCUCCCUCCGAGUUCUUCAGAGUGAAGUCACCGAUUGGUUAUCCUCAAAGUGCUCCGCAUCUUAGAGAUCAAUUUUCAGGAUUAGCACUGUCCAAAGGUCAUUCGCCUAUUCCACACCCACAGGUUAUUAAUCAAUCCCAACUGGAUAUGCAGCGGGGCAGCUUGGAAGGCUUCCCUUAUGCACAAGACUUGCACAUGCCGGGAGGGGACGUUUACCAGCCAGGAUUUGGGAAGAUCCAACCCGAUCUGAGCAGGGAUGGCUCCAGGAAUAGGCAGCAGCGAAUUAGCCGAUCACCUGUACCAGGAAAUCAACAGAGACUGAAUUCAGCAUCACCAUCUCAAGCUUCUUCAUUUACUAACAUGCUUUCCCCAUCCUUCACACCUACCUCAGUAAUUCGGAAAAUGUUUGAAAGCAAAGAGAAGGGGAAAGAUGGGAAGGAAAAUCAGGCGGCCAAAGAGUGUCCAGAGGAUGGACAUGGACUAAUUGAAGAUCACUUGUCUCCCGUGUCCCUGUUGGAAAACUCUGAAAGGGGAACGUCUCCUAUCGGGAUGCGGCCUUCGACGUUUCCGAGAUCAGCGUGUACAACUCCCCAGUUAAAUCAGAUGCGCUUCACCAAAGACCACGACUACAGACCCAAGUCGGCGGGUAGAAAGACUCCCACCAGGGCUUCCCCGAUUCCUGGAUCUCCAUUUUCUCGUCCGGUUUGUCCUGCGCCCCUGGUCUCUCAUGUGCCGUUUGUCCGAUCGUCUCCUCCUCACUUGCCGCCAGUGGUAGUCCAGAGGAUGCUGGCACAGGGAAUGACGCCACAGCAGUUUCAUCCAGCUCUUGUGCAUGCAGGUUUGUUCCCUUCUGGUGUGGAUCUGUCCCAUUUGCAGGGCAUUCCCCCUCCCCUGCUUGGACAGACUUUCUACCCUCUCCCAGCCAGCGGCCACCCCCUGCUGAACACUCGAGCUACACAAAUGCAGUCAUCCGGGGCACCACUCCAGCACCUGGCAGUCAUGAGACAAGCAGUUCUCCAAUCCCCAAACGCAACUGCACAAGGACCUGGGGCACAAGUCCUUCUGAACCAGCAAAACUCCACUGUUCGGGGCCUCCAUCAGAGAAGCGGAUCUCCUGUCAACCUCUCCAAAUGGUUUGGCAGCGACGUUCUACAGCAGCCACUACCAUCUAUGCCCAGCAAGGUUAUUAGUGUGGAUGAGCUUGAACUCCAUCAAUGAACAGAUGUGGAACAUCACAAUAUUUUUCAGACAUUGGGCUUUAAAAGGUACCCGCAGGUCACCUGAUGCUGCAGAAUGUCCCCGAGACUGGAUUGUCUGUUACCCCAAUGUUGGUUCCAAGUCGGGCUUCAACUUUGCUGACUUUAGGAGAUGCGACUACUUUAUAAAUACUGGGAGCACUUCACCUGCUGAGAGUCUUAACUGUUCAAUCUUACCAGAAGAUGGAAGAGGUCCUGGUCAAGCAGUUUUUCUGUGGGAAAACCUACACUUAGCAUUGGGUCCUUUUUUUUUUGUAAAGUAUCCAGUGAGCUCUUAAUGUUCUGGUCACAGCUGCGAAGGGUGUUGUGUUUUUUUGUUGUUUUUAUGAACAUUAAGCCACCAUGACAAUUGUAUAGACCUUGUGUACAGAAACCUGUGUAAAAUAACACUGCUUUCCAUCUGUACAUAAGCUUCUGCAGUAGCUACCUUGUUUGCAUUAGCGAUUUGUACAUGAGUGUUUGCUGGUGCGGUUGGAAAAGUCUGAGCUGGAAGAAUGAUUGUGAUAGACUAGUAUUCCAGUUUUUUGCUAAAAUAUUUUUUGUAAGGUUUGAAUUGCAGCAUGAAUGACUUUGAGGGAAACCAUUUUAUUUUUCAAUUUUGGAUGCACUACGUGGUUCCUGAGCAGAUGGAUGACAGGAAGGCCAGUAGGUGAACAUUAGACAAGAUGAUGCUGUACUGAGGGUGGGGGGGUGUAGAGUGUUUGCUUUACUGCUCGCAGAAAAAUGUAAGGAAAGAAAAAGACCCUUAUUUAAUUUUCUUUUUUUUCUUUCUUUGAAGUGGUCAGAUUGACAUUGCUGUUAAGGUUUGUUCUGCCCUGACAACAAGAUUUUUCCCAGCUCCGUAAAAUAAUAAUCUCUGCAAAAGGGAUGAUUGAGGCUAGAUUUCUGAAACUUUAAUAAAAGGUGGGUGUGUGGCUGUUGAAUCCUAUGUUUGCUUAUUGGUAGGGGUGCCACUCCAGCACCAAGUACAUAAUGUAUCAAUGUAUUGUUUUUUUUUGCUCAUUACCUGGCAGGAAGUGAUUUUCUUUGUGCCUUUUGUUCUGUGGCUGAGAUGUAUUUUCCUCCCUCCCUGCACCACCACCUUUCUCUCACCGUGCCCCUAUCUUUGGUCUGUACAGUCCUUCUCCUCUCUUCCCCCCCCCCCCCGCCCCACACACACUGAGAAAGCACUGCUUUGUAUUGUCCAGAAAUGUGACUUUUUGGAAUCGUUCAAAAAAAAAAAAGUGCUGUUUAGGAAGCAGAAAAGCACAAAAGGUGAUUUACAAAAUGAUGCGCUAAUAAAAUUUCACAACACAA